AUGCGUAUUGAGAAGGCAAGGAUUGAGGCUGAAUUGGAUAUCUUGCAGCAUGAAAAAGAAGCGGCAGCUGCAAACGCACAGGCGAAUGCGCUCGAGGCAGCCGUGGAGCAGGAUGGCGGGGAGAGCAUGCGCACGCUCCCUCCUGUGGACCGAACGCUGCAGACUAGGAGUUAUAUCGAUGAGCAGCAAGCCCUACGCAACCCUGCGCUUGUGUUAACUGAGGUGGCUGUCACCAACUCUAACGGUGACGUAAACAAUGCUCACACGGCGCCGGGUGCCCACACAGCUGCGAAUAAUUCGAUGUGUCUGCGAGCUGAUGAACGUCCACCUGACUACCAUGCUGCCCCUAACAACCGACGUUAUAAGCAUGCUGGAGCUACGAGUCGUCCUAUGGACUUACGAGUUGAUCCGCAGCCGCCUGUGUACGCCCCGGCACACAACAGUUCAAGCUCCGAGCUGGCCGGUGUCCUUAAAUUCCUGUGCCGCAAAGAUCUUGUUUCAAGCGGUCUUAUCAAGUUUGAUGAUCGACCUGAGAACUUUCGCGCUUGGAAGUCAUCGUUCAAAGGUGUCGUCAGAGAUCUAAGUCUUUCUGCCCAGGAAGAGCUCGACCUUCUCAUCAAAUGGCUUGGCCCUGAAUCGUCAAAUCAGGCUCGGAGGUUGAAAUCGGUGCACGUGGAUGACUUUUCAACGGGCUUGAACGUCGUGUGGAAACAGCUCGACGACGUCUUCGGGCGCCCUGAGGCAAUUGAGGAUGCACUACUGAAGCGGCUGGAAGACUUCCCGAAGAUAUCUUACCGGGAAAAUACCAGACUCCAGGAACUUGGCGACCUCCUGCUAGAACUCGAGGCUGCGAAAGCUGACCUGUACCUUGCCGGUCUUGGCUAUUUGGACACCGCAAGAGGGGUGAACAAAAUUGUCUCGAAGUUGCCAUCUGGACUUCAAGAAAAUUGGAUGUCGGCGGGGUCGAAAUACAAGAAAGAUCAUGACACUGCAUUUCCACCCUUUUCUUUCUUUAGCAAAUUUGUUAGAGAUCAGGCCAGCAUGAGGAACGACCCGAGUUUCAUCUUGCAUCCACAAAAUGCCUCGUCUGAUUUCAAUCAAAGGAAGGAAGACAAUGCUACCAAGACCACGCGGCAAAGAUCAUCUGUGUCAGCGAGAAAAACAGAAGUGGAUCCUGCUUCUGCCAAGAUUAAUCAAUAUGCCACUGCUAACCAACAGCAACCUGAAUCGGAGGACUUGAAAGGGUGGUGUCCAUAUCACAAGAAACCUCACCCUUUGGAAAGGUGUCGCGCCUUCCGCGAAAAAACCUUGGAAGAGCGGCAAUCUUUCAUAAAGAAGCAAGGGAUCUGCCUACGAUGCUGCUCAUCCAAGAACCACAUGCAGUGGCAUUGUCAGGCGGUUGUGAUAUGCCUGAUAUGCGACAGCGCCGACCACGCCACAGCGCUUCACCCAGCAUCACCAACCUCAGAGCCGUCAAGGGCUAGUGGGUCUGAUGACAGUACCACAGAUGACUCAGAAAGAAGAGUCACAUCUAGGCGUACUGAAGUGGCAAACGCUGGCGACAGCACAAAGUCGUGUGCUAAAAUCUGCCUCGUAGAGGUGACCCAUGAGACUCAGCCUGACAAGACAGUCAGAGCGUACGAGAUUCUUGACGACCAGAGUAAUCGCUCGUUGGUUAGGCCAGAACUUCUAAACAAUUUCGGAGUGAAGGGGACGCCUACGCAAUACACGCUCCGCACUUGCUCCGGCAGUACUGAAGUGGUUGGAAGAGUCGCUCAUGGUUUUUUCGUGCAGAGCAUGUCAGGCGAAGUCAAGUUUCCUCUUCCGGCUCUCCUCGAGUGCAAGGCAAUUCCAGAAAACAGAAAUGAAAUUCCGACACCUGACGCUGCAAGGCACUACCCGCACUUGAAGUCUGUAGCAAAUCACAUUCCGCCUCUUGAGGAGGCUGGAAUACUGCUCCUCCUUGGCCGGGACAUCCUAAGAGCUCAGAAGGUUCGUCAAACAAUCAACGGACCCCACGACGCGCCGUAUGCUCAGAAGCUCUACCUCGGAUGGGUCAUUAUCGGCGACGUUUGCGUUGGUCGAACGCGGAAAACGGGCAGCGUCAACGUGUUCAAGACCCAUGUGCUGGACAGUGGGCGACCAUCCCUUUUUGAGCCGUGCCAAAGACAUUUCUUUGUUAGGGAGGCGCCGAUUCUCUACUCUGCGGAUAAGGUCUCAAAAGAUUUACGAUUGGCAGCAACAUUGGAUGACACCCUGGCCCCGAAUCUUUUCGAGACAACAGAACUUGACAACCAGCGUGCUCUCUCCAUGGAAGACAAGACAUUCCUCAAGAUAAUGAAUAGUGAAUUCCCCCAAGACAAAUUAAACAAUUGGGUCGCCCCUCUCCCCUUUUGCACACCGAGAAGUCUGCUUCCGAACAACAGAGAACAAGCUCUGUCUCGUCUGCUCUCGCUAAGGCGUACCCUGCGAAAAAAUCCUGAAACAAGGGAACGUUUCGUGAACUUCAUGAACGAGCUAUUUAUCAAGGGUCAUGCAGAGGAAGCUUCACCACUUCACGUGGACGAAGAAUGUUGGUAUCUGCCCAUAUUCGGCGUUCACCACCCCCAGAAGCCUGAUCAAAUCCGAGUCGUAUUUGACUCCAGCGCUCAGUAUGAAGGGGUAUCUCUGAACAACAUUCUCCUGACCGGCCCUGACCUGACGAAUAACCUUGUGGGGAUUUUGAUACGCUUCCGGCAAGAACCAGUUGCGGUUACAGCGGACGUCCAGCAAAUGUUCUACAGUUUCAUGGUUCGUGAGGUCCAUCAGAACUACCUGAGGUUCCUCUGGUUUAAGGGCAACGAUAUCUCCAGAGAAAUCACAGAGUGCCGAAUGAAGGUUCACGUUUUCGGCAACAGCCCAUCACCAGCUGUUUCAACGUAUGGCCUUCGACGGACUGCCCAACAAGCUGCCCCACGAUUUGGUGAAGAUGCCAGGAAGUUCGUUGAGAUUUCUACGUCGAUGAUGCGCUUAAGUCUCUUCCGAGCGAAGAAGAUGCCAUUAGUCUGCUGCAAAGAAUGCAGAAAAUGCUUGCAACAGCUAACAUAA